CUAUCGAAAUGUUUUAAUAUCACGCGCCCAUCUCCACUUCUAAGUUCUGAAAAAAAUAGUUUUUUUGUGGUAAACAAACCGAAAGUUUAUUUUAAGCCAGCCAGUUUCCCCAAAAAGAAUCUCUACGACUACCUGUAAUUGAUGGAGCAUCCAAAGAGGCAUGACAAAUCCCAACAUUAAACCGACAACUCCGCGGACAGCGUGGCAUUAAUUUACACGGUCUCCGUCACAUAACUCGAGAUAACUAUAUUGUGUGUAUAUACACACACAUUCGCGAUCCAAUGAGCAGCAGAAUGGCAGAUAAUAGUGCGGGGAGCGUUAUCACCAUUAAUGGUGGCCAGUUGGCAGGAAGUUCCCCGCCAUCUCAGCGAAAGUCCUCCUCGAUGGAAUCCCCGCCGGAAAUGCGAAUCCUUUGCUUCGACCUCACAUUCUACAACCGCACGACGCAAUUCCUGCUAAGUUGCUCGGGGGUCUUCAUCCUGUACAUCUUGUACGGCUAUCUGCAAGAGCUGAUAUUCACCGUGGAAGGAUUCAAGCCCUACGGAUGGUUCCUCACCCUCGUCCAGUUCGGCUAUUACAUUGGAUUCGGGCUGGUGGAACGCCGGCUAGAAGGUUACCGGAUAAGCGGUGGAUCCUUUUGGAGCAUCGAGCCGGAGCCACGUUGCAUUCCCAUGAAAACGUACCUGGUUCUGGCUGCUCUCACUCUGGGCACCAUGGGCCUGUCAAACUCCAGUCUCGGCUACCUAAACUAUCCCACCCAGGUGAUCUUCAAGUGCUGCAAGCUCAUUCCCGUUCUGGUUGGCAGCAUCCUCAUCCAGGGCAAGCGCUAUGGGCUGCUGGACUUUGCUGCGGCCGCCUGCAUGUGCAUCGGCCUGGCCUGGUUCACCCUGGCCGACUCUCAGAUGACCCCCAACUUCAAUCUGCUUGGCGUAGCCAUGAUUUCGGGGGCGCUGCUCUGCGAUGCGGCCAUAGGAAAUGUCCAGGAAAAGGCCAUGCGGGAGCAUAAAGCGCCCAGCAGCGAGGUGGUUUUCUAUUCCUACGGCUUGGGGUUCGUUUACCUCUUUGUGAUUAUGCUGGUUACCGGCAACUUUUUCAGCGGCUUUGCCUUCUGCUUAGAGCAUCCUCUGGAGACCUUUGGCUAUGGCUUCCUGUUUAGCCUCUCUGGCUAUUUGGGCAUCCACUUUGUACUGGCUCUGGUAAGGAGCAGUGGAGCUCCCAUCGCUGCUACAGUUACCACCGCUCGAAAGGCUGUUACCAUUGCCUUUUCCUUUUUGCUCUUCAGCAAGCCCUUUACUAUGCAAUACUUGUGGUCUGGCCUUAUAGUUGUCCUGGGCAUCUAUCUUAACGUUUACAGCAAGAAGAACAAGCUGACUUUGGCCGACAUCCGGCAGAAAUUAAAGCAAAUCGGAGCCAAGGUCGCACGCUCACCGAGCCGCAAAUUCCUCAUCGAAGUUUAGUUUGAUACCAAAAACAUGAUCUACAUUUUAGUCGAAUUGCAACAACGGUUUUCUGCAAGAAAACUCUGUACUAUAAUUACUUAAUUAAACGCUAAUCAAAAAGUG